GAUAGUAUAGUAUAUAUUAAAAUUAUUAAUUGAUGCACCAUCUGUUGAAGCGCUAGUAUCUCAAACUGGUUUUAUAGAUAUGUAUAUAGCAUAGUAGCGUAUGCAGUACCGUUACAGAUUACAGACUUGCAGGUUACAGCUUGGCUUACGGCCACGUUACAGCGUGGUUCGUUCUGUGCAUUGCUGUCACGUUUCAGUGCUAAUUGUUGACCAGUCUCAUCGCGAUCGCGUUAGAACAGUUAUGUCAAACGAAAUCCCAAAUAAACGUCUGAUGACAAGUUGUAGCAAUGUAUUGGAGCAAGCACAUCAUGUAUCAAGAGCAAAACGUGGACAAGCAAUGGGAAGCAUAAGAGGUUUUCGAGGCUGUACAGUUUGGUUAACAGGCCUUUCUGGUGCUGGGAAAACUUCAAUAGCUUUCCAAGUUGAGGCAAUUUUAAUUGAUCAUGGAAUUGCUGCUUAUGGACUUGAUGGAGAUAACGUAAGAAGUGGUUUAAACCACAACCUUGGCUUUACCAAGGAAGAUAGAAAAGAAAACAUAAGGAGGGUUGCAGAAGUAGCUAAAUUAUUUGCUGAUAGUGGACAAAUUUGUUUAUGUAGUUUUGUAUCACCAUUUGAAGAGGAUAGACAGAUGGCAAGACAAAUUCAUAAAAUGUCUGAUCUUCCAUUUUUUGAAGUUUUUGUUGAUACACCACUUAAUGUAUGUGAAGCAAGAGAUACCAAAGGAUUAUAUAAAAAGGCACGUCAAGGAGCAAUCAAAGGCUUUACUGGAAUAGAUCAAAUGUAUGAAAGACCAGUAAAUCCUGAUUUAGUGGUAGUCACUGAAAACUGUACUCCAGAGGAAUCAGCUGCAACUGUUAUUGAUCUUCUGGAGAAACAGCAUAUUAUACCUGUACUUCAAAAACCUGCAACGUCAAUACGGGAGUUAUUCAUUCCAGAAUCGCGAAUAUCUUCUGCCAAAACAGAAGCUGCUACGCUUCAGAACUUAGAAAUUAAUGAAAUUGAUGUGCAAUGGCUCCAGGUUUUAGCAGAAGGUUGGGCUGCACCUCUUACCGGUUUCAUGAGAGAACACCAAUAUCUGCAGACUCAACAUCUAAAAUGCCUCCGUGAAGGUGACAGAGAAAUUAAUCAAUCUGUUCCAAUAGUCCUUGCAAUACAUACAAAAGAUAAAGAACGUUUGAAUGGACUUUCGUCUUUUACAUUGAGAUACAAAAACAAAGCUCUAGCAAUAUUACGUAGGCCUGAAUUUUAUUAUCACAGAAAAGAAGAAAGAUGUGGUUGGCAAUUUGGUACUAACAAUUUAGGCCACCCAUAUGUAAAGAUGAUUCAUGAAUCUGGAGAUUGGUUAGUAGGUGGUGAUAUAGAAGUUAUUGAGAGAAUUAAAUGGUAUGAUGGUUUGGAUCAAUACAGACUUACACCAAAUGAAAUUAGAACAAAAUGCAAAAAGAUGAAGGCUGACGCUGUCUUUGCAUUCCAGCUUCGAAAUCCUGUACAUAUGGGUCAUGCAUUAUUAAUGCAAGACACUAAAAAACGUUUAUUAGAAGAAAGAGGAUUUAAAAAUCCUAUUUUAUUGUUACAUCCUCUAGGUGGUUGGACGAAGGAUGAUGAUGUACCACUACAGACAAGGAUUCUGCAACAUGAAGCUGUACUUAGUGAAGGGGUUUUAGAUCCUCACUCAACAUUAUUAGCAAUUUUUCCAAGCCCUAUGAUGUAUGCUGGGCCAGUUGAGGUACAAUGGCAUGCAAAGGCAAGAAUGAACGCUGGUGCUAACUUUUAUAUUGUUGGAAGAGAUCCUGCUGGCAUAGUACAUCCUAACAAAAAUGCAACACCUGAUGGAAAUCUUUAUGAUCCUACUCAUGGAGCCCGAGUUCUCUUACUAGCUCGAGGCUUACAAUCGCUAGAAAUCAUACCGUUUAAAGUUGCAGCAUAUGAUAAAAAAUAUAAAAAAAUGUCCUUCUUUGAUGAGAAACGAAAAGAAGAUUUUGAAUUUAUAUCAGGGACGAAAAUGCGUUGUUUAGCAAAAGCAGGUGAAAAUCCACCUGAUGGUUUUAUGUCACCUAAAGCAUGGUUUGUUCUUGCACAAUAUUAUCAAAACCUAGAAAAGUAAAUAUUUAGUGCAAAAAUCGCUAGAAAUUAUUAACACUUUAGAAUGAAGUGUUUAUAGAGUAAAAUUAGUGUUUCAAAUAUUGGAAAAAAAUGAGUAAAGAAUAUUAAUACCUGAUGUAGUAUUAAUAUCAUUAUACAUUUAUAUAUUUGUACAUUUUAAUUGUACAGCACAGCGAUUUCUGCAUUUAUCUGUUUUAGAUAAGUUAAUAUCUUUUUGCAUUUAUUUUUAAAAUGUAUGUAUAUAUAUAUGUAUAUCCCUUAAUUUUAUUUUAUGUAAAUAUAAAAUUCAAUUACAUUUUUCACAAAAAUUUUAUAAAAAUAUAUAUGAUACAAAUGUGAUCUUUUAUUGUAUCUAUUUUAAGAAGUGUAUAUUAUAUCAUGUCUAAAAAGAAAUUUGUAUAAUUUAAAUGUAAAUUUAACAGCUAUUUAUAUAUGAUAAAAAUAUACAAACACUUGCAAAUGUUUUAUGUACAAAAGUA